AGCACAUCACCGGUAUCCUCGGUUACCCGUCGACGGCGGCAACCGAUCACUCACCGGCGUUUCUUGCUCACCCUCCUCGAUUACUUUUCAUGCGCAAGGCGUGAUUCGAUUCUCGUUAUCCUCGCGGCUAUAGUAUCUCCAUCGAACUUCGUCGAUCGCAGAAUCCUCGCCGCGAUCGAUGCUAUUGGAUCUUCAACUCCUCGAAUGCGACGCGGCAUUCUAGGGAUUAUUAAAUCGGAAACCCUCGGAUCAGAUUUGGUGCUGCAGAGCUCAAGAUGAAUUCACGAGUCGGACAAGCGACUUAUCGGGACCGGACUCUGGAAUUCGUCAAGGCUGUCGAGAGUUUGAAGAAGACAGUUUCACUCGCACCAGAAGUACCAAGCGGAAUUGAUGCAUUAAGCUUGGAUGGUUCCAAAGCGGCUGUCUCGACCCAGUCGGAGUUCAACAAGAGAGCUUCCAAAAUUGGGCUGGGAAUUCACCAGACAUCCCAGAAGCUUGCUAAGCUCGCAAAAUUGGCAAAAAGAACAUCAGUAUUUGACGACCCCAGUGUUGAGAUUCAAGAACUUACAACAGUCAUCAAACUGGACAUUACCGGUUUAAAUUCUGCAGUUGUAGAUCUGCAACUCCUCUGUAACUCACAAAAUGAAAGUGGGAAUACGUCCAGGGAUACUUCCAGUCACUCAACCACUGUGGUUGAUAAUUUAAAGAAUCGUUUGAUGAAUGCAACAAAGGAGUUUAAAAAAGUUCUAACAAUGCGUACAGAGAACUUCAAGGUUCAUGAAAACAGAAGACAAUUGUUUUCCUCAUCAUCCUCAAAGGAUUCGAGCAAUCCGUUCCUUCGACAACGACCCCUGGCCUCCAGAGGACAUCAUGACUCUUCCACCCCAGCACCAUGGGAAAGUGACACAAAUAAUUCUUCUUCCUUGUUUCUUGGGAGGACAAAUGCAGAUCCUUCCUCAUCAACUCAACCUUUGGUACAACAGCAGCAACAACAAAUGGCUGCAGUGCAGGACAGCUACAUGAACAGUAGAUCAGAAGCACUUCAGGGUGUUGAAUCAACAAUUCAUGAACUGAGCAAUAUUUUUACGCAACUUGCUACAAUGGUCUCGCAACAGGGAGAGCUUGCACUCAGGAUUGAUGAAAACAUGGAUGACACAUUGGCUAAUGUGGAAGGAGCUCAAAGUCAACUUCUAAAGUACCUCACCAGUGUAUCUUCCAACAGAUGGCUGAUGAUCAAGAUAUUCUUUGUGCUUAUGGUCUUCCUCAUGAUCUUCCUGUUUUUUGUUGCAUAGGUUCCUUUAGAACCAUAUUUGUUAUUAUAUUUUUCUCAGUGAUCUUGUUUUUUUCACUGGGUUAGUGGCAAAUUGCCGUAUAAUUCUGUGUUUUAACAGCUAAAACUUCAGAAAUUACAAAUACCAAAAUAAAAUAAUGCUGUGGUCUUACUUGAACAAGAUAUAUUUUUAUAGUCGUA